UAGUGCGGAAGUGUGACCACGUGACAUGAUGACAGCAACCGGUUGUGUAGGCAUAGAUAUCUAUGUUGUGUAGCUAAUAUGGGCGUGAAAGCUGAGGUUAUAUCGUCUUUAAUGAAACACGACAUUGGAGACGAUUUUUCGUAUUUAUCCCGCUUUCCGAAGGCGUCAGUACUGAUUCCUCUGUUCCUGAGACAGGGUGAAGUGCAUGUGCUCCUGACUGUGCGGUCUACUGAACUCAAACACAACCCUGGAGAGGUGUGUUUUCCCGGAGGGAAAGCCGAUCCACACGAUCGGGAUGAAACUGACACAGCGCUGAGGGAGGCAUUGGAGGAGAUCAGCCUUCCUCCUGAUGGAGUAGAAGUGGUUUGCAAACUCUGUCCUCUGUUCAAUCAGAGAGGCCUUCUGGUGACUCCAGUGGUGGCUUUCAUCAGUGACUCCUUCCAAGCAAGACCAAACCCUGAUGAAGUGAGCGAGGUGUUCUCUGUGCCUGUGGAGUUCUUUAUGAAGGAGACUAAUCACUCAGCUUACCUUCUACCAGACACAGCAAGCUAUGUACACAGUUUCAUUUACACUGACCCUGUCACAGGCAAGAUCCACCAGAUCUGGGGACUAACAGCCUCUUUGCUUAUCCUCCUGGCUGUUCUUACUUUUGAAAGGAAGCCAGAGUUUGAAGUGGGCUUUGAUUUGGAGAAUCCAUUUGCAAACUUUCGGCAAAAUCUUCAACACAGGUUAAGCAAGUUAUAACUAAUUUCAUAUAUAGAAUCAGGCUGUUUUUUGUUCCUAAAAUAAGGACAGGAAAGUGAGUUUUCCUGGAUUUUAUUUUUACUGAAUUCAUUCAUUCACCUGCUUUAUUCUGGUCAGAGUCUAUCCCAGGAUCUUUGACGAUUCACAAACAUACAAACAUUUACACGUGUGAAUGAGCAGAAACCGAACAACCUGAAGAAACCCACAUGGUCAUGGUGAGAGCAUGCAUGAAGGCAGUAAUUCAAAAUCACAAUCACACCUUGGACCCUGUAGCUGUGAAGUGACAACACCGUGACCUAGAGUCAGAUUCAAAUAAAGGAAUCAAAUAAAGGAUUCAAAUCAGCCUUAGACUCUUUUAUAAAACACUUUUGUUCAUGUGCAUGAAUGAACAUGACCUUCACUGUAAAAUAUGAGAGCCCCUUUAAUUUACAUGAACUCGGUUGUUCACUUUAACUUUAAUUGUCAUGACACAUUUUGGAUAUUGAUCUCAAGUUUUUACUUUCUAAAAAAUUAAACUUAAAAUAUUCCAUUUUCUUGACUGAGUUUUUAUGAAGCAGAUGAACUUUCUUUUAAGCGUCUUGAAUUUGAAACAUGCUACAUUGUUGGUUGCAAAACCACGGGACCUCAAUGUCUAAAUAGACUUUAAUUGUAAAUACAUUUAUAUUAAAUAUUACAAAUAUAUUGUAUUAGAACUAUUAAAAUGACUCAAGCGCCUUGAAUGACCUUAUAUCUAAUAUAUUACAAAAACUUGUACCCGCUUAUAUGAAGUUGCAUUUUAUUGCUAAUGUCAGUCUACAUUAUAAAUCCUGCACUUUUAUUAAUAUUAAAACAUUGUGAUCAUUAGAAAUAAAAUAAUAUGCUAAAU